AGUACUCCAUAUAACAUAUAAAAGUACAACUCUCAGUGCAGUUAGUACAACUUAUAAUUGAUCGACUAAAACCAAGUGCUUUAAUACAUCAGGUGGGGGUCACUGAUCAUCACACACACAGUGGUUUAUACUUGGUGAGUGCUUUGUGGUAGCUCAGAAGAAAAGUCUUUUUGCCACUUGGAAAUCCAUCAUUAUAUCUUUCUUGCACAGUACACCAACCUCACAAUCAUGACACCUUACCAUCAAUUCUUUGAUCCAUUUAAUCAUUCUUCUUAAAAAUUAUAAAAGCAUAAAUGUAUACUCAUAUAAAAGCAGUUUUCUUGGAUUCAUAUAUCAAAGCCAAAAGUCACAAUCUUGAUCACAUUUUUUUUUAGUUUUUUGUUGUCAAGUUCAAAGUGAGCUUUAUUUUUGGGUUUUGGUUUUAUAAGAUGAUGAUUCUUGGUGAAAAUGUGAAUAAUCUUAAAGUGUUGGAUUCUUCAUUAAGGUUAAUUGUGAUUCCUCUAAGUGUUGUUUCUAUGUGGUUGACUUUGACUAAUCAUCAAGAUAGUGAAAUCUACGGUAGAUUAGAGUUCAGUAAUCUCAAGGGUCUCAGAUUCUUUGUCAGCAUAAGUGCAAUUUCAGCAGGGUAUGCUUUGGUGGCUUUUAUAUCUUCAUGGGUCAAGAAUUUGAUGAGCAAAGCUUGGAUUUAUUUUGUUUGUGAUCAGGUGAUGACAUAUCUAAUGGUGGCAUGUUUGGGUAGCCUUGGACAAUUGGUGUACCUGGCCUACAAUGGCAACCAAAAGGUUACUUGGAGUGAAGCUUGUUCUUCAUUUGGGAGGUUUUGUGGAAGACUAAAUCUCAUCUUGGUCCUCCAUUUUAUUGCUUUGCUUUGUUUCUUUGUGCUUUCUUUGAUUUCAGCCUUUAGGGUUUUCUCAAGAUUUGAACCUCCUUUUGUUUCCAAAGAAGUAGAAGAUGAAAGGACCUAAAUUUGUAUACUAAUAUGUGUUUGAUUAUGAAUGAUUUUGCUUGACUUUUUUUUUUUA